AUUGCCCAGUCCUUCGCCUUGAUGCUGAAAUUGUGUUUAUGGUUUGUCUGUGGUAGUGAACAUUGCUCAGUCCUGCCUGUGCGUCCUGAAAUGGUUUCCAUAUUCUGUCUUUGGAAGCCAACAUUGCCUUGUUUUUUUUUCCCGAUUCUGAAAUUGUUUUUAUGACUUAUCCUUGGAAGUCAACAUUGCCCCGUUCUUCUUCUCGGUGCUGAUAAUUUUUUUUGUUUUUUUUUUUGCGGAAGUCAACAUUGCCCACUUCUUCCUCCCAAUGUUGAAGUUAUUUUUUGUCUUUUGAGCGAACAUUGUCUGUCCUUCCUCGCGAUGCUAAAAUUAUUCCUUUUUUUCUGUGGGAGUCAACGUGAUCCAGCCCGUAUUCUUAGUGUUGAAUUUGUUCCAAACUGUUUGUCUGUCGAAGUGAGAUCACCAGCCUUUCCGUCCGAUGCUGAAGUUGUAUUUAUGUUUUGUCUGUGGUCGUCAGCAUAGCCUUCCUCCCGACACUGAAAUUGAAUGUAUGUUUAUUUUGUGGAAAUCAGCGUUACCAUGUCCUUUCUCUCAUUAUCUUCUAGUUCCCUACACAAACUCUCGACGUUUUCCAAAAGCUUUCGGAAAUUAACAGUGUCAAGGAUGAACUUUUUCAGCAUGUAUGCUUCUAUGACUGUAAAAUGUAUGAUUCUAAAAUUGCCCAUAACUUCUUGUUUUCAUUCCUCCAGACAUGCGAAGAAGAUCCUACCAAAGUCUGGGUCACUGGAGUGGUUACAGGACACCGACCUAAACAUGCUCGUUUAUGAAAUGGAGGAUCUGGAAUGGCGUGUGUUUGAGGUUGUUUACAUCAUUAAACCAGACUACAAGGACUACGCCAUGCUGAUCCCAGAGACAGAUAGAUCUGUUUCUUGAUAACAGCUACAAACUGCUGCGACGGUUAACCAAGAUAGACGGAUACUCCCAGCUCAACGUGAGGCCAAUCACAGACUUGCCGCGUCCAUGUUACCUUCCUAGACCCAUCAAAGGCCAUUUGUGGGAGCAUCCAUCGCCUAAACCCAGCUGUGCUGGAAGCUUCAAAAAAUCAAGCAUACCACUGCCAUUUGCGAAAGAAAACGUCAUGGAGAGAUUAAAUAUUCCCCCAGAGAUUCACAAUUUGAUCAGAAGAUUACACAAAGCUUACGCUAAAUUGUGCACAAUGGUUGAUCAGUGGUUUAGCCCAGGCACAGUCAAGGAGUAUGUCAAGCGAGCAAAAGCAAAAGGUGCUCGCACCCAUCCGACCGCCAAGGAGACUGUACCCCAAACUACAGGCAUGGAGACUGCUACCCCAAUGUCAAGCAAUGAGUCUUGCCCUAAGACAGUGCCCAGAAGAUUAAGAGUUCCUCUGUCAUCUUUUCGACCCAGACUUAUACAUAACAAUCGCUACAACAAAGUUGCCUCAAGUGGCUAUGGGGGAUCUAAGAAGAAAGAAAAAACAGCUACAGAGGAUCCCAAAAGAUACGCAAAGGAGAUCCUACCAAAGCCCGAGUCGCUGGGCUGGUUACAUGACAUGGACCUAAACAUGCUGGCUUAUGAAAUGGAGGACCUGGAAUGGCGUGUGUUUGAGGUAAUAUACGUCAUUAAACCAGACUACAAGGAUUAUUCCAUGCUGAUUCCAGAGACGGAUAGACCAGUCCUUGAUGAUGGCUACAACCUGCUUCAACGGCUAGCGAAGAUAGACGGAUAUUCCGAGCUCAACGUGAGACCAAUUAUAGACUUACCCCAUCCGUGUUACCUUCCUAGGCCCAUCAGAGGGCAUAUGUGGCAGAAUCCAGCGCCUAAAUCCUACGGUGGAGGCUUCAAACAAUCUCGCAUACCAUUGCCUUAUCAGUUUGCAAAAGUUAAUGUCACAGGAUCACAGAGAUCAGAUAUUUCUCCAGAGAUUCACGAUUUGAUCAGAAGAUUGCACAAAGCAUAUGGCAGGUUAUGCACGAUGGUUGAUCAGUGGUUUAGCCCAGGCACAGUCAAGGAGAAUGUCAUCCAAGCGACAGCCAAGGGAACCCCAAACCAUCCGACAGUCAAGGAGACUAUCGCCCGAGCCACUUUCAAGGAGACUGUCGCCCAAGCAACAGCAAAGGAGAAUGUAACCCAAGUGACCCCCAAGGAGACUGUCACCCAAGCCACAGCCAAGAAGAGUGUCACGCAAGCGACAGCCAAUGAGACUUACCCCCAGCCAGUGCCCAGAAGGAUAAGAGUUCCCCUGCUGUCCCCUCGACCAAGGCUUAUACAUAACAACCGCUACAAGAAAAUUGCCUCCAGUGGUUAUGGGAGAUGUAAGACAAAACCAAAACCAACAUGUAUCAUGCAGACAAGCCGAUCGUUUGUGUCCACCAGAAACAAUAUAGCACCAUCUCUUAGAGGACAAACAUGUCAAACCCUGCAGAAAGAUCCUACACCAACACGCAAAGUUGAUAUCAGGACCGUGGCCAGACUCAAUGGGUCCAGACUCCCAAUUCCUGUCAAGCUAUCCGCGUCUAGCCUACCCACGACAUCCUCCACAUCAUCGGAAGCUGCUACUGCAUCAAAGGAUACUUCUUCCACAACUACCGUUGCGUCGAAGGAUGCUUCAUCGGCACCUACCACAGACAUCAGGACCAUGGCUAGGCUAAAUGGAUCAAAACUGCCACUUCCCAUAAAGUCAGUACAGAGUACAUCUCAACUGGUGUCUAUAAGGCAGCGCACAUCUUCUAUGUCAACAAACCUCAGACAUCCGGCUCAAGUGACAAAUCGUCCUCAAAAGCCUAUCCGACGAGUCAACCUGCGUUCCAACCUGUACAAUGACAUUCCCUCUACCGGCUAUGGAAAAUCUAAACCUGGAGUGAAGACGCAGUUUUAUGCAGCCACAAGCUGUUUCUCUUUCUCCACCAAUAUCAGCCAAAGACCAGUUCAGCCCAAAACUGGAAUUCGAAAAACAAAGCAACAAGACAGUUUGAAGCCACCUAAACCCGACAUCAGAAUGCUAGCUAGACAGAACGGAUCGAAAAUCCCGCUUCCCGUAAAGCUGCUCCUAAGCGAAUCACCGACUCAACCUAAACCAGCAAUUAAACCAAAACCACCGUUUCAUCCUGAACCAGCAGCUAAACCAAAGCCAGUCGUUCAGCCAACACCCGUUCUGCCAAAUCACCAAUUCAGCCCAAACCACCGAUUCUACCAAAACUACCGCUUCAGCUAAAAUCACCGGUUCAGCCAAAAUCGACGAUUCAGCCAAAACCUACCGUUCAGUCGGAACCAUCGGUUCAGCCAAAAGCACCUGUUCUGCCAAAGCAUCCCGUUCAGCAAACAUCUCCCAUACAACCAGAACCACCGGUUC